UUUACAAAUAAAAUAUUAAAUAAACCGAUACAGUAUAGUCGAUGCUGAAAUACGUGUAUCAUGACAAUUUGAUAUUAAAAAGUAGUCGAGAUCAAAGUUCUCCGUAUAUCGGUUCAUAUUUUUUUAUUAAAAUAAACGGUGAAGUUAAUAAAUAUGUGUUCUGAUUUUGGAAAAUUUUGCAGAGGAUUAAAAGUUGGCUUACUGGAUCAAUAAAACAACCAUUACACUAUUUUAAUACAUUUAUACUCUCAAUACCCUUUUGGUACCCCACAUUUUAAAAACAAUGUAUUCUCCCUAUACAAGAAGGAUAACUCUAAUUUUCCCAUUGGAAGACAAUAGUAAACAGGUAUUCUGUAACGUAAGAAUAGUGUUUGCAGUCGUUUGAGAUGUCUUGUGCUUCAAAACGAAGUAUGCCUAGAGAUGAAACGGAAGACUUGGCCAUUUUGAGACUGACCAUUAAACGACUACAGAGUCUUGAGAAUGAAAGAAGUGGGCAUGGAAAAGCAGGUCGAAAGUUGGACAUAUCUCAACUUGAAAAUCAGAUUUUGGCAAACAUUAGAACGGUCGAGAAACAUUUCAAACAUUAUUUAGAGACUAACGGUUACAAUGAGGCUAUUUAUAGACCACCCAGCAUAAGCCAAUCAGUCACUUCGUUAAACGAAGAGCAAACAAUAAACGCUUCUUUGUUUGAAGUGAUAAAGAAAUUUGAAUUUGAUAAUAAACGUCUAGAGGAUGACUGUCAAGAUUACAGACUCCGGAUCAAGAGUUUGCAGGAAUCAGAUGAAAGAAAUGAGAAGACCAUUGAGAGGCUAAGAAAGGAGCAGCAGACGUCAGAAACCCGUCAAUACAGAUUACAUGGAGAAAUAGACAGUUUGAAACAGAAAAUUGAUUAUCUGGAAAACGCACAAGUUCUCAAAACGGAAGAAAUAGUUAGACUAACGGAAGAGAACAGAAUCCUGGAAGAAAGAUUGAAUAAUAGGAUAUUGGAGUUAGAGCGAGAAGUUCAUACCCACAAAUUGGCUCUCAUAAACUCCAACACUAAACACAACCUUACAGAGGCUGACCGACUGAGAUUAGAAGGGGAGUAUACAGAAAAAUGUAGAGAAAAUCGAAGAUUACAGUUUCAUGUAAAAGACAUUGAAGGACAAUUAAAGGCUCUAGAAUAUAAAUGGAAUAAAAUGACAAAUAUCUGCCCAGAAGAGAACAAAUACGCUGAAAUCAUGUGGUGUAUGUCCAAGCUGUUCAUUCACAAGUGGGAGGAAGCCAGGAACAGCCUGCGGCUCAGUGGCAGCAACGAUGGACAGAUUGUAAAGGUUCUAGGACGUAUUCUGAAGAUCUCUUUUGAUGAGUGUAAGAAGUUUGUGAGGAAAAUGUUUUACCAAGGAAACAAACAUACUACAAGACAUAGUUUACAACAACCGUGUUCGGGACCCUCACGGUUGGUUGAAUUGACCUUCGGAGUCAUAGAAGAUCAUUCUACACAAGUUCUUUCUGAUUUAUACGAGGUUGUGGAUGAAUCAUUAAGUACUGAAUUAAAUGAAGUGUCCGAUUUGACUGUUUUGAAUAAAUUCAAAGAGAGGAGUGUCAGAACAUUUUGGAGACUGUUGGUGAAGCACGGAGAUUUCUGUUUGGAUUGGAAUCACACCGGCCCCGGGUUUACACUAGAUGAUAGAGUCACACUUUUUCCUGAAGUUUCUGUAAUAAUAAAGUCAUGA